CAGGUCUGUCAUGAUCGACAUCGUCUCUAGAACAUCCGUUUGAUUUCCGUCUUCUCCCUUCUCUUCUCUUCCACACCCAACAUGGAGAAGUCAUCUCUCCCCAUUGCCGUCGAGCAGCGUGCUCCAGCAUCUGCAGGGACCAGGCAGCGCGCUCUCCGUGCCAUCUUGGUAUCGCUGACGAUCAGUAUUGUAUGUCUGAAUUGGCUGUAUGGUCCCCUGACCUCGAUCCUUGGGCGAGAUCAUCUCGAUCAUGAUGAACAGUCCUCUGGGCCAAGUUGCGGCCAAGUCCCGGCACUAUGGCCGCCGUCGAACGACAAGCUUCAGGACGCCUACGAUUUCCUCUUUACGGAUCAGUUCGAGAAUGCUUCGAUCGCGCGUCUAUCGGGCGCGGUACAGAUUAAGACCGAGUCGUUCGACGACUUGGGCGAGAUUGGGGAGGACAAGAGAUGGGAUGUCUUCGUUCCCUUUCACGAAUACCUUGCAGCUACUUUCCCACGCAUCCACAGCGAGCUCAAGGUUGAGAAGGUCAACACUCAUGGACUUUUGUACACAUGGCAAGGGAGCGAUGCAGACAAGAAGCCAAUUGUGCUCAUGGCACAUCAAGAUGUGGUCCCGGUUGAUGGGGAUACUGUCGAUUCUUGGACACAUCCACCAUUCAGUGGACACUAUGAUGGCCAGCUCAUUUGGGGCCGUGGCUCUUCUGAUUGCAAGAACCAACUGAUCGGAAUACUCGAGACACUCGAAUAUCUGCUCCAGGCUGAGUAUCAACCGAAGAGAACUAUUGUGCUCUCCUUUGGCUUCGAUGAGGAGUGCAGCGGUCAUCAAGGAGCUGGCCAUCUUGCUUCCUUCCUUCUUGAGCGCUACGGCAAAGAUGGUGUUGCGGCUAUCGUUGACGAGGGCAUGGGCUAUCAGGAAGCGUUCGGUACCGGCUUCGCCGUGCCUGGAGUCGCUGAGAAGGGCUACACCGAUGUCGAUAUUGCCGUCCGCACUCCCGGAGGACACAGUUCAGUCCCCAAGGACCACACUAGCAUCGGCAUCUUGAGUGAGAUUAUCACAAUCAUCGAGAGCCAGCAAUACCCGACCUAUCUCGCGGACAAGAACCCAUACCUGGAGUUUCUGCAAUGCGGCGCAGAAUAUGCUCCAGACUUCCCCAAGAAGCUCAAGAAGCUGCUCAAGUCGCGUAGUGCGAGUAGUGACCUACCAACUUGUGCCAAGAAGCACCAUGAUCAACUCGCUAUAGAAGCUGCAAAGGCUGGUGCCUCGACUAAAUAUCUUAUGCAGACUUCUCAAGCCGUAGACCUGAUACACGGAGGCACAAAGACCAACGCUAUGCCAGAGACUGCAGUUGCCACUGUCAACCACCGAAUCAACAUUGGGGACGAGCCAGAGACUGUAUGGGCACAUCUCGCCCACAUCUUGAAGCCAGUGGCCGAGAAAUACAACUUGACACUCCAUGCCUUUGAUGGUGAAGAUGCCGCGUAUAACUCCAUCUCUCUCAGCUCCAAGAAGACUUCGCUCAAGACUGCGCCAGUGACACCGACCUCUAUUGAUGUAGUAUCACCGUAUGCUGUUAUUUCAGGAACGAUCCGUGCUCUUUAUGGCGAGGACACAAUGGUUGCCCCCGCUCUCAUGACGGGCAAUACCGACACACGAUAUUACUGGGACCUAACCAAGCACAUCUUUCGCUUCGGUCCCGGCUAUGUCAAGGAAGAGGACAGUUCUCUGGGCAAGAUCCACACUGUGGAUGAAUCGGUUGCAGUCAGCAACCAUUUCAAAGUAGUUAGGUGGUUCACGUUGUUCCUGCGAAACAUAGACGAAGCGCAGCUGGCCGAGGACUAACUUUAUUAACAACUUUGGAAUGCUUCUGUGUUCUGUGUCGGCCUCUACUCAUACACGUCACAACAAUAGGUACAAUCACUUCAGUCGUUCAGCGGAUGUGAGCGGCGCCGAACCCGAGACAUGCCGCGAUGCACCUCAGAGGUACCAUGAUAAUCACGGUGUUCCGGUCCUUCUUAUGCGCCAGCACGGUGUGAGAUCAGUCACAUCUCAAGCUUCGCAUACCGCGUUCCCUUUAGCAGGAAAUAUAUAGAUACUCAUAUGAAAUGCUCCCUGCUGCAUAAUUAC